GACUCGGAGCACAGCUGUUCAGCCCACAUUUAGCUCUCAGAUAUCACAUAGUUGCACUGUGUGUUAGCCUGGCUGCUCUCCCGUCUCUUUAGCUCCCUCUUUCUUGGAGGAUGGUUUUGUCAACAUCACAACAAGUCGCCCUGGCGUUCACGGCCGUGCUCCUCACGUUCGUCGUGCUGCCCAGGAUGUUCGGCGUCGGCGGCGGGACCGGGGCGAAGGAAACCAGAUUUGACCCCCGUUACACCAAAAAAGCAGGUCCAGGAGCAGUGAGGGGUCAGCCCGUCAACUCGAACGGCCCCGGUUCUUCUCAGACCGACGAAAACAUGCAGCAGAUGAAGAAGCUGAUGGAGCAAGAGAUGAAGACUGACAAGUACAAGUCCAACAGCAACAAGGGCUAUGUGUUCACGCUGAUGCCCCUCUAUGCCAUCGGAGUCGGAGUCUUUGCCGCCUACAAGUUUUUGAAGAUCAAGUCUGCAGACGACCAGGCACAAAAGGACAAAUUUGCAAAGGGAGCCAAAAAGUCCGUGGAGGCAGAGAACCAAUUGAACGAGCUGGAACAAAGGCUAGCGCAGACUGAGAGGAUGCUCAACUCCAUCCUCACGCAGCUGGACCCUCUCACUAACUGUGUGAAGUCGGUGGCCCAGGACCAAAAGAACGAGAUCAUGUCUCAACUGCAGACCAUCCGGCACCUGAUGAAGAAGAGAGGAAUGGACUGUCCACCCCUGAACGAGGCAUCCUGCGAGCGUAACCUGGACGACCUCAUCGAGUCGCUCGGGGCAGGCGACGCCUCGGCAGCGGAAGCUUCUCUGGCGGACGAGCAGACCUCUCGGGGUACAGCAGAGGCUGAAAAAGUCUAUCAGAAGCGCAUGGAAGCUGAAGAUGAAGCCGCAGCAGAAGGUGAAGAGAUGAAGGAGCUCACACCAGAAGAGGCAGUGGCAGAGCGGAAUGUAGAGGAAGAGGAGGAGGACGAUAAAGAAGAAGAAGAAGAGGAGGAGGAGGAGGAGGAGGAAGGAUUGGAGGACUCUGAGCUCAUGCCCUCACUAGAGGGCUUGUAUGACACAAACAUUGAGGAGGUUGGAGCAAAGCAGCCAGCGUCCGGCCUCAGGCGACGCAACAGGCCUGACUGAACUCACUGCGGGACUUCUGCACUGUACAGAGAUGUGGCAGAUUACUAUUAAUAUUUAUUACCUGGAAGGCUUUCAUCCCCAAAAAUCUGUCUGCAUAAUCAACAAAAACAUAUAUUGCAUUAUAACCUCAAUAGGAAAGCUCGCCAACAGCUAACACAUAGAGCUCUAUUUUCAUGUCGCAAUCCCAAGGACCAGCACAAACAUGUGUGUGUUACACGUGUUACACAUCAUGCCAAAAUCUCCCACUGAGUGCCAUUAGUGAUGGGUUUGUUGAAGCACUGAGGUGCCACAUUUCCACCGCCUGGUACGGCAACAGCUCCACUCAACUCCACUAGCUCUUUUUUAGUUUUCAAAAGAUGUGGAUAGUACCUGGUACUGUUUUUUCUUGGUGCUACGUUGGUCGAGGUUCCAAGCGAGCCGAGGCAAUACUAAAAGUAAUGAGAACACUGCAGACCACUUGUUGGUGAGAGAGAAUCGUCAGGGGACAUCCUGCACAAACCCGCCAUUUUUAAAUUGCUCAGCUACCAUUACUGGUGACCGCAAUUAUUAAAAAAAAGAAAGAA